CUCGGCUGGCGGCCCCACUCCAGUCCGAACACAUGUGCCCGCCUCGCCCGGCAGCCGCCACCGCGGGGCGCAGCGGAGACCCCUGGCCCGGCGGCCUGUGGGGACCAGAAGAGGCGGCAUGAGCAGCGCACCGUGGAGCUGACGCCGCGCCCCCUGCCCGGCCCAUGUCCUUCGCCAUGCUGCGUUCGGCACCGCCGCCGGGUCGCUACCUGUACCCUGAGGUGAGCCCGCUGUCGGAGGAUGAGGACCGCGGAAGCGAGAGCUCAGGCUCCGACGAAAAACCCUGCCGUGUGCACGCUGCGCGCUGCGGCCUCCAGGGCGCCCGGCGGCGGGCAGGAGGACGGAGGGCCGCGGGUAGCGGGCCAGGACCCGGGGGGCGGCCAGGCCGCGAGCCCCGGCAGCGGCACACGGCCAAUGCGCGCGAGCGGGACCGCACCAACAGCGUGAACACGGCCUUCACCGCGCUGCGCACACUCAUCCCCACCGAGCCAGCGGAUCGCAAGCUUUCCAAGAUUGAGACGCUGCGCCUGGCCUCCAGCUACAUUUCUCACCUGGGCAACGUGCUGCUAGUGGGUGAGGCCUGCGGCGACGGGCAACCAUGCCACUCGGGACCCGCUUUCUUCCACAGCGGUCGUGCGGGCAGCCCACUGCCACCGCCGCCGCCACCACCGCCACUGGCCAGAGACGGCGGCGAGAACACCCAGCCCAAACAGAUCUGCACCUUCUGCCUCAGCAACCAGAGAAAGUUGAGCAAAGACCGUGACAGAAAGACGGCGAUUCGAAGUUAGAAGGAGGGUCCACAGCAGCCAAGAGGUGAUGCCACUAGUGAAUGUGGAUGCCACUGAAGAGUCACGGAGAGCCCCACCUUGGACCUGAUCUGAGCCAGGUCCCCAAGAGCACGCUCACCAGGCCAGACCUGCCCCAGCUAUGAGCAGGGCCUAUGAACAGAGAGAUGGACAGGCGGGCGAUGGCUUGACUCUAAGCAGCCGAACACUUACCCAGGCCCACUGGAACUUUCCAUGCUGGCUCUCUACCUGGGCCAAGUGUUGGCAUCUUGUGUCUUUAAUAUGAUAAUAUAAAGUCUGGAAAUUUUGUAUAAUUAAAAAUGAAACAGUAUCUUCCAAA